UCGCUGGUUCUGAAGAUUGUCUUCGUAUUUCGCUGUUUAUAACGUUAAAUGACUGCUAUAAGGAGGGUUUUCAUUUUAUCCUUUUUAUGUUGUGUGGUGGCGUGAGUCUGGAUAAGUUUUGAGCCGAACUGCUGUAGUUGGAACUGAGAAGAACGAGACAUGGACUGGGGAACGGAUCUCUGGGACCAAUAUGACGUCAUUGAGAAACACACACAGUCUGGACUGGAUCUGGUCGAGAAAUACAUUAAGUUGGUAAAGGAGCGGACAGAGAUUGAGCAAAGCUAUGCCAAGCAAAUAAGGAACCUGACCAAGAAGUACAGUCCUAAGAAAGGCAGCAAGGAGGAGCAAGAAUGCAGGUUUUCCAACCACCAGUCCUUUUUCGACAUUCUUAAUGAGAUGAAUGAUUAUGCAGGGCAGCGAGAGCUGAUAGCUGAAAACAUGAUGAUGAACAUCUGCAUCGAGCUCACCAAGUAUCUGCAGGAGCUCAAACUGGAGCGCAAGGCGCAUCUGUCAGAUGCCAAAAAGGCUCAGCAGACAUUGGAGAGCAACUCCAAGCACCUAGACAAUAGUAAGAAACGCUUUGAGAGAGAGUGGAGAGAAGCAGAAAAGGCGGCACAGUAUGCAGAAAAAACAGAUCAGGAUAUUAAUGCUACAAAAGCAGAUGUGGAGAAGGCCAAACAGCAGGCAAAUAUGCGCACGCACAUAGCCGAGGAGUGUAAGAACGACUACGCUGCCCAGCUGCAGAGAUACAACAAGGAGCAGAACCAGUUUUAUUUCACUGACAUGCCUCUUGUAUUCAAUAAGCUUCAGGACAUGGAUGAGAGACGUGUGGGGAAGCUGGCACAGACCUAUGUCGUGUUUGCCGAUACAGAAAGACAGGUCAUGCCUAUCAUUGGGAAGUGCCUGGAGGGCAUCACCAGAGCUGGCACCAACGUCAAUGUGAAAAACGACUCUUUGGCUCUUAUAGAGCAACACAAGUCAGGAUUUGAGCGACCUGGUGAUCUGGAUUUUGAAGACUACAGCCAGGGCAUCAACCGCACUUCCUCUGACAGCAGCUUAGGCACCCCCAAGGGUCCACUUGAUCUGCUGGGCAAAAACAAAAGCAAACCGUUUUGGCUUUUCAGCAAGAAGAGUAAGCCUUCCUCCUCCCCACUCACGCCCUUCUCCACACCCCCUGCCCCCUCGCCCGCUAAUGGACCCCCCUCCCCCAAGUUUGGCCGGGACCCUCUGUCUUACUGUUUGAAGGAGAUCAAUAAGACAGUCAAGCCACGAAUGUCAUCCUUCAGGAACCUGCGCAGAACGGUGAGUGAGAGAGAGCCGCCUGCCUCUGAAGAUUUCGGCCAUCUUCCCCCGGAGCAGCGGCGGAAGAGGCUACAACAAAAGAUCGACGACAUCAGCAAAGAGCUGCAGAAGGAACUGGAUCAGAGUGAGGCACUAGGGAAGAUGAAAGACGUUUAUGAGAAAAAUCCUCAGAUGGGCGAUCCCAACAGCCUGGCACCGCAGAUCACCCAGACGACCCACAACAUUGAGCGGCUCCGGGGGGAACUCAACAAAUAUGAGUCGUGGCUGGCAGGAGCCGGGGGUCGAGACGCUACUCUCCGUUACUCCAGUCACUCCCUGAACAACAAUGGUUCCCUCAGUGUGUACAGUCCUGAUGGGGCCCAUUCAGAUGAAAGCGCCCCUGACUCCUCCCAGGCAAUUUAUGCUGAGUUCGAUGAUGACUUUGAGGAAGAGGAGCUUUCUACUCCAAUUGGAACGUGCACAGCUUUAUACAACUUUCCAGGCUCCAGUGAAGGCACCAUCUCCAUGCAAGAAGGGGAGGUGCUGGCCGUGGUGGAGGAGGACAAAGGUGACGGAUGGACACGGGUGAGGCGGAAUAACGGCGAUGAAGGCUACAUCCCCACUUCCUACGCCAACAUCACACUCAACAAAUGAGCUAUUUUCCUGACGUGCACCGACUCCCCAUCACUGCAUAUCAUUUGGCACCGAGCACUGCAACGUUCAGGCUACAGAGGGAGAUAAAGACAAGCGUUUGUGUAGACACGACUCUGACGGGUCAGCCAGAAACAGCAUGGGAAUAUUGUUAGCAGUUUAUAUCUUCCCCCUCCUCCUCGUCUAGACGUCUAAACCGAAACCGGUGUGUGUUUAAGAUGCCGUUCGGGUCUCGCUCCGUCUGCGAGACAUCAACUGCCAGCCGUCGUCAAACACAGACAAGUCUCCGAGGAUGCCUCAUGGCUGCAGCUAAAACAGGACCAACUCGUCUAACACAUUCUAGAAAGUGUGCGUGGAAAGAAACGCAAACGAUUUGUGGUGGUGAUGAUUAAUUGUAGCCGUAGCUACCAUCUCUGUCCCGGUGGGAAUCGUGCCAUGUCCUGACCUUGCUGUUCUACUUUUUCACUUUAAGCUAUUGUUUUAAUGGAUGUUCUGUGUAAACACCAACUCACUUGUUUGCAGAUGCUUGCCAAUGAGUUUAAUGUGGGAUGGAUGCGAGUGUGGAGAGAGCAGUGUGGACCUGAACCAAUUUCUGAUUCAAAGACUGCGCUCUGCUGCACAGUUCAAGACAAUCAUUCAGCGUAGUUGCAUUUACAUUAACUUACCUUACUGACAGCUUUUUACAGAUCACUAGGGAUGCCUGUUUUCACCUUCUAGAGAAGCCAAAAAAUUAUGAUAUUUAUCGUAAUUUACUAUUAUAACUACUUAUGACUUUAAAAUGAUAGCAAAAUAUAUUUUGAAGAUUUUAUAUAUUUUUAAAAUGUUAGUAAUAUUUGAGAUGUGCUUCUAAGGGAAGGAAAUGCCUGACAUAAUUAUUAUAUAUAUUUUUUUUUUUAUUCGAAUUUUGCAUUUCCCCUCUUGGUCACCCAAUCUAGUUUCCAUUUCCCAGAUUGUAACUUCUCCGAAGCUGGGCGGCACGGUGGCUAAGUGGGUAGCACUGUCGCCUCACAGCAAGAAGGCCCUGGGUUCGAUCCCCAGGUGGGGCGGUCCGGGUCCUUUCUGUGUGGAGUUUGCAUGUUUCGGUUUCCUCCCACAGUCCGAAGACAUGCAAGUGAGGUGAAUUGGAGACACUAAAUUGUCCAUGACUGUGUUCGAAAUAACCUUGUGAACUGAUGAAUCUUGAGUAAUGAGUAACCACCGUUCCUGUCAUGAAUGUAACCAAAGUGUAAAACAUGACGUUAAAAUCCUAAUAAACAAUAAAAAAAACAAUCUUCUGCGGCUUGCAUCACCCCUGCCCUGACCGAGGAGAGCCGCGGACUAUCGUGUCCUUUUUGACAGACGUACAUUCUAAGUCGACCAGAGGCAGAGUCUCACUGAGAGCGCACUCUGUGCCCUUUGUUGAGUUCCCCACUUUUUGAACCUCCCUCCCUCAGACAGCCAGUUGUGACUGUUGGACAGCACAGCUUUAGAGCUUGAGAUCUUAAGCUACACCACUCAAGCGACCCAUGGUUCCUAUUUUUGCUUUUUCUUAUAAAAUUUUUAUACAACGAUCCCCAGUCAACACUUUGUGCUAGUUUCUGUGCCAAGAAACACAACCAAUAAAACACAAUAAUAAGAAAUAAUAGAUUGUUAUUUCUAAAGAUGUGGCACCUUUUUUUACUCAGUUACUUUCCACAUGAACACGGUGGCUAAGUCGGUAGCACUGUCGCCUCACGGCAAGAAGGUCCUGGGUUUGAUCCCCAGGUGGGGCAGUCCGGGUCCUUUCUGUGUGGAGUUUGUGUGUUCUCUCCCGUGUCUGCGUGGGUUUACUCCGGGUGCUCCGGUUUCUUCCCACAGUCCAAAGACAUGAAUUGGAGAUACUAAAUUGUCCAUGACUGUGUUUGAUAUAACCUUGUGUGAACUGAUGAAUCUUGUGUAAUGAGUAACUACCGUUCCUGUCAUGAAUGUAACCAAAGUGUAAAACAUGACGUUAAAAUCCUAAUAAACAAACAAACGGUCCUAAUAAAACAUUUGGGCUUGGGAUCGACACUGAGCGCACACUGUGACUGACAAGUGCACCUUCCAGUGGCUAUGCUGUUUGACAUGACUUCAGAACCCCCAAACAGACAUAGACAAUUAAAUCUGUGUAGACACCCAAUAGGAUGGCACACCUGCGAUCCAAACCCAAGAUCUAAGCAGUAGUGGGUUAACAUACUUCUAACAACUAAACAGUAUGUGUGCAAAUGUGCCAACGUUUCUUAUCUGUUAGGGUGUUAACAGUACUUAAUUUUACUGAGAAAAUAAACCCAUUUUGCAUAAAACUGUAUUGCUACCUGAAACAGAAGGACUAUUUGUUUUGUUUUGUUUUUUGUUUAGCAGGUGAAAACAGGCUUCCAUAGAUCAUGGUUACAAAAUGCCAAAUUAAGAUCAUGUUUUGUGCUUUACGGAUUGUAACUUAUUGUUAAGCACACAUUGUAUGUGUUCACUCAACAUAAAGGAUUACUGCACACUAUUUGACACACUGUCACAAGAACACAUUUUAACAUGUAAAUAAAACGUUGAAAAAUGUGCAACAUGUAGGACUAUAUUUAUAUAUAAGAAGUAAUAUAUUUUAGAUAUCCCAUCACCACUAUUGUCUUAGCUUUUAUCUUUAAGGAAUAAAGAUUGUAUAGUGUAAGCUCAUUCCUGUAUGCGGUAGUUAAGCUGAUUAUCAUGUUUGAAUGUUUAUUAUUACAGUCUCCUCUGUCCAGGUGCCUUUUAGUAAAUCAUU